AUGGUGCUCCGCCAAAUUCCUGAGGAUCUGUCCCUGGAGGAAAGGGAUGAGCUGUCAAACAUCCGACGCCGGAAGAGGGAGCUGCUUGAUGAUAUUGAGAGGUUGAAGUUCGAGAUCGCAGAGGUCAUGACGGAGAUCGAGCAGCUGACGUGUGUCGGAGAGAGCAAAACAUCCCAGAGAAACAAACAGAUCGCCAUGGGUCGGAAGAAAUUCAACAUGGACCCAAAGAAAGGAAUCCAGUUCCUGCUGGAGAACGACCUUCUGCAGCACACUCCCGAAGACAUCGCCCAGUUCCUCUACAAAGGCGAGGGCCUCAACAAGACUGUGAUCGGAGACUACUUAGGGGAACGAGAUGACUUCAACAUCAAGGUGCUGCAGGCCUUUGUGGAGCUGCACGAGUUUGCAGACCUCAACCUCGUCCAAGCUCUACGGCAGUUUCUUUGGAGUUUCCGUUUGCCAGGCGAAGCCCAGAAGAUCGACCGAAUGAUGGAGGCGUUUGCCUCACGAUACUGUCAGUGCAACCCCGGGGUCUUCCAGUCAACAGAUACCUGCUACGUCUUGUCGUUUGCGAUCAUCAUGCUGAACACCAGCCUACAUAACCCCAACGUCAGAGACAAGCCCCCUGUGGAGCGCUUUAUCUCCAUGAACAGAGGCAUUAAUGAAGGAGGAGAUCUGCCAGAAGAGCUUCUCAGGAACCUUUACGACAGCAUCAAAAACGAGCCCUUCAAAAUCCCAGAGGAUGAUGGGAACGAUCUGACGCACACAUUCUUCAACCCCGACAGAGAAGGCUGGCUCUUAAAGCUCGGCGGCCGUGUGAAGACGUGGAAGAGGAGGUGGUUCAUUCUGACUGACAACUGCCUCUACUACUUUGAAUACACAACGGAUAAAGAGCCUCGUGGGAUUAUUCCUCUGGAGAACCUCAGCAUCAGAGAGGUGGACGAGCCAAGGAAAGCGAGCAUCAGCAGGGAUCCUUUCUACGACAUGCUGGCCACCAGGAAGAGGAGGAUAGCGAAUAAGAAAUGAUGUGCGCCCACCCUCCACAUCCUCCUCGUCUUCAUCACUGCCGUUCCUGUGAGCAGCACGGCCCCAGGAGACACAGGUGGGAGUUUCGAGCUUGUUUGGGAGCCGGAGGAUGGUCUGCACGUCAUCUCUGAGCUGAGGCGAAGGUGUAGACUGAGAAUCAGGACCUGCGGGAUCUUCACUAAGCUGGAUGUUCAUUGAGGACCACAGUUUACAGGAGGAGCAGCCACGACUGGAAUCAUGGGACAUUUUUGCGUAAUGUGUCUGUGGCAUUGCUGCCCUCUGCUGGACAUGUGUGGAAUUACAUCUACAACAAAUCCACAGGGAGGAUUUAAAACCUGAAUCUCUCUGCAGGUCUCUCUCCUCCAGACCGACUGGUGAGGUCGAUCACCUCCUCCAGACAUUUGAACCUUUAAUUUUCACAUGCAUCAACGGUUGCCAACGCCAAUGUUUUCUAUUUACUAUGGAAAGCCUCAAGUUUUUAAAUCAGCUGGUCUGAUUGUUGUGUAUCUGUAUAUGCAAACACUGAUUUAAACAAGAAAAUGAAAGCUAGGCUCAUAUUCUUCUGUAAUUUACCGUGUGUCACCUUAUUCCCUCUUUGAGGAAAAAGAUGCAAACAAUUUAGGGGAAAUAGUACCACACAUAUUUAGAGGAAUCACCCUUUCAAGAGUCCACUUUGGCAUCAUAUAUAUUAGUUCUGUAGCGUUUCGUAUUCAAGAUGCAUCUCUGUGUUCCAUUUCUUUUGUAUUUAUUUGCUUAUUGUUUUAACAAAAGAGGCAGCCCCAGACUCAUUACAUUAUGCAUGUAUUAUAUAUAAUGUACAAACUGGUUUUUUUUUGUUGUAUUUAUGUAGCAUGUCAGUCAUAACAGCCAUAGCCUGUACCCAUUCACCUUUUAGUUCAACAGUUUACAGUAGUGGAAGUGGGGCUUUGUGUGGAGCAGUGAAGCCUCCUCACACUGUGUUUUUACUCAAGAUCAGAUAAUGUGAUGAUUCAUGAGAGAUCUAAUGUUUUUUUUUCUUUAUUCAAGAGUGUGGUCUUUCAGUUUAGGAGCACGGCUUAUUGAUUUCUCAGAUUUUGUUAUGAUCUCAUUCAAAACCCUGUGCUCACAUUCAAACAUUCCCUGCCAUCCAGCUUUAGCGGUUGCUCCUGUGCGCACGAGAAACGGUGUCUCCCAGAUUUCUACUUCUGCUCUUGGAUAACAGAGUGGGGAAAAUAAAUAGGGCGGCAUCUAUUUUGUUUUUAUAGUUGCAACAGUGUUUAGAUCACAUAACAAGAACUUGACAUGCUUGAUUUUGUCGCUCCAUGUUGAUCAGAGAUCUGCUGGCCUCCUUCUUAAUGAAGGUGGAGGAAGGGAGUGGAUGAACCUGGUUAUAGCAACUCUCAAAGACAUAAAGCUAACACACCCACAACAAGGAGGGGACCAUUUCCUUCAGAGUCCCUACACCUGGCAUUCUAUUGGUUAGGGAAUUUUGACAGACUCGUUGCACAAUAACAUCCAAGCACAAGCAGGGGGCUACUUGAUUGUGAGCGCAUGGUUUUGAGCGAGAGCAUUACGAAAUCUGAACAUGAGAUCAACAAGUCCUGCUGUCAAAGAUCACACUCUUAAAUUGAGAUAGGAGAAAAACAAACAUACUUACAGGACAUGGUAAAUAAAAA